AGGAAGAGGCGAACUGAGGGAGUGGCAUCUGAAGAGACGGCACUUUUCUACUGAGCAGCACAGAUGAGUUGAGACUGUCAGGCAGUCUGUCACUCAAAAGCAGUUGAGGAAGCACCUGAACGUAUCCUCCCUUAUUAGCUUUUUCACUGUUUCGGGAUGUUGGUGAAGAGGAAUUAGCUGGUGCCGGAGAAGCCUGUGUUUGAUUCCGGUCCACAGGAUGCAUCUGGUUGUAGAGCCCAUUCAGGAGGCCGUGAUGAAGAUGCUACCUUAUUUUGUGGAGAACGCCGUUUUGACCCAGAGUGAAAUAGACCGCAUCUUGAGCGAGAGCUUCUUCAUGGUGAAGGGCGCUGCUCUCUUUCUGCAGCAGGGGAGCAGUCAACAGGGCCAGAAAGCACAUCCACAUCACAAACAUGCAGGUGACUUACCUCAACACCUGCAGGUGAUGAUAAACAUUCUCCGCUCUGAGGACAGAAUCAAACUGGCGGUCCGGCUGGAGAGUGUGUGGUCAGACCGUGUGCGGUACAUGGUGGUCGUGUACACCAGCGGGCGGCAGGACACAGAGGAGAACAUCCUUUUAGGAAUCGACUUCACCAACAAAGACUGCAAAAGCUGUUCAAUCGGCAUGGUGCUACCUCUGUGGAGCGAUACAAAGAUCCAUCUGGAUGGAGACGGGGGCUUUACUGUGAAUACGGCGGGUCGGACUCAUGUCUUCAAACCUGUCUCCGUUCAGGCUAUGUGGUCAGCCUUGCAGGUGCUGCAUAAGGCUUGUGAGGUUUCACGCAGACUAAACUACUUCCCUGGGGGCAUUUAUCUCACCUGGACGAGCUACUACGAGAGCUGCAUAGCUUCAGAUCAGAGCUGCAUUAAUGAGUGGAACGCCAUGAAGGACUUGGAGACCACUCGGCCAGAUUCACCCAUCAUGUUUGUUGACAAGCCUUCAGAGAGAGAAAGGACAGAGUGCCUUAUUAAAGCCAAACUCAGAAGCAUCAUGACAUGCCAGGACCUUGAGAACGUCACCUGCAAACAGAUCCGCACAGAGGUGGAGCAGCAUAUGAACUGCAACCUGAAAGAGUACAAAGAGUUCAUUGACAAUGAGAUGUUGCUGAUCCUCGGGCAGAUGGACAAAGCCACUCUCAUCUUUGACCACGUCUACCUGGGAUCUGAAUGGAAUGCAUCUAAUUUGGAGGAGCUGCAAGAGACAGGGGUGGGCUACAUCCUCAAUGUUACCAGGGAGAUUGACAACUUCUUUCCAGGGACAUUCAGUUAUCACAACAUACGAGUGUACGAUGAAGAGGCCACCGACCUUCUCGCUCACUGGAACGACACAUACAACUUCAUUGUCAAAGCAAAAAAAAACCACUCCAAGUGUCUUGUUCACUGCAAGAUGGGUGUCAGCCGGUCCGCCUCCACUGUCAUCGCGUAUGCCAUGAAGGAGUUUGGCUGGUCACUUGAGAAGGCUUACAACUUUGUCAAACAGAAGAGGAACAUCACACGACCUAACCCGAGUUUCAUGAGACAGCUGGCAGAGUAUGAGGGCAUUUUAGAUGCCAGUAAACAGCGACACAACAAGCUAUGGCAUCCAGACUCAGACUGUGAGAUGGCAGAAGGUCAGCAGGGGUUGACUCAGCGUUGUGAGGGGGAGGAAGGAGGACAUCUGACUCCAGAGCCGGGGAUGUCUCCUUGUUGUGAAGAGGCACUGUCUGAUAAAGGUGCAGCAUGCCCCUCCCCGUGCAGAACUGUUGCGCUGGAUAUCGACCCAGCUUAUAACAACUACUAUUUCCGCCGGCUCUCUGACUCUGCGCUGGACAGUGAGCCAUCAACACCAGUACGUGGCCCGCCACUUCUCGGCAUGGAAAAAGUCUUUAUAGAAAUAGAGGAUGUGGAACGAGAUGCUCUGCUGGACGACGAGGCCUUUGACGGCCACGAAGGCCUGCCACUCCCCCACUUUGGGCCUACAACGGAGGGGACUGCUGCCCAGACCUGCAGUCGGGGUCCUGAUCCCCUGGAGGAGCUGCGGCUGAGGCUGGAGUUCAGCACAGUGGAGGAAGAGGAUGAGGAGGAUGUACAAAAGGAGGAAGCAGAGAUGGAGGUACUAAUGCAGCCAGAUGAUGGAGGGGGCAGUGAUGGAGGAGGUGGUGAAACGCAGGAGGCAGAGGGGGAUGCAGAGGGUAUUGGGAUGGAUCUGGCGACCCUCAAUGAAAAUUCCAACAACAACAACCAUUUAAGCAGUCUACCUAACACUAAUGAAAAAGCUUCCUUCAUCUUUCUCCCAAGUGAUGCUUCCAUGCCUUCUACAUGGGAUCAGACGACGUGCUACCAGAAAGAAGAUUCUUCAACCCCAGUUCCUAAGGUUUGCCUUAACCUCAGCCCUCCUCCUAAAGCCCCAAGUGCAUCAUUUCCACAAUCCCAUUCCUCUACUGAAGGCCUUGCAUCGUCUCUGCAUCUGCUGUGCCCCUUCGGUCCUCUGUGUGACUGUGCCAACUGUGCUGCCUCCCUAUCCACUGCGUCAUUUGACAGAGAAGAGCAUCCAGAAGAAUCACUGGAGUUAGUGGAGCCUGAAGACAAUGGGGAGAUCUUGGAAGUAAAGAUGAAUCUUGAUGACAGCCAGCCAUCCUCAGAGGCUCUCCCUGAGCUGAUGAGAUUAGAUUCGGAGGACGGGAAGCCGGCCGUCGCUUGUUACCUCGGUAAACAGCAGGAGACCCUUUUACUGCGCCGAUCUGGGUUGGUCCGCCGCCACGCAGAGAGGCUAGAGAGACUCACAGGCUUGCCUCAGGAGAGGCUACACUCUGCAAAGUCUUUGCCAUCAUGCCAAAGGCCCCAACAGAGUUCCCCUCACAGUGAGGAGGAGAAAGAGUUCUCCAGCUUUACCGGUGACUUCGCUAAAUGUUCAACACCAUGCCAAGUGCGGUUGGAGCCAUUGGAGGUGCCCCUGUCCAACGAAGCUUUGUUGGGGGUGGCGGGGUCUGGUCUGCUCACACCCACCUCCUCACCGCACGGAUCCACCCUGACGCGUAGCUCCAGCACCGACAGUAUCCGCAGCGUUAGGGGGAAGCCCGGCCUUGUACGUCAGAGGACACAGGAGAUCGAGACCCGCAUGCGACUGGCAGGUCUAACCGUGCCAUCAAGGCUAAAGCGCUCCAACUCACUGGCCAGGUUGGGCAGCCUCAACUUCUCUUCUGAGGAUCUGUGUUCAGCCUGCUCAUCCGAUGCUGGGACACUGCUGCUCCUCUCCCUGUCCCCUGACCCAGAGCCCAGCCUGGAUGGGGAGUCCCCCACCGCCUCCGCUCUGCCCCAACCCCGCAAGGGCCUGCACAUUCCAGAGAGAGGGCUUCCCGGGGAGCCCAGAAGCUGACACAUCAAGUGGAACCAAUAUAUUUAAAUGCUCCUCUGUCAUGCUGUGGGGCUGAAGAGGGCUGCACAGAUUCUGUAAACAGGAUAUUUAAGUCAGUGGAAACAAAUGAAAAUGAAACAACUAAAAUAAAUAAAAACAAUGCCAACUGUUAUACGAGGAGGGUGCAACCCUCCUUUGCCACAUUGUUUCUCAAACUGCUGUUCACAGUGAUGAAAAGUCAUAUUGCUGUAUCUGACAAAUGUGUUAAGCCAUCAGUUCACCCCUUGCUUUGUUUGAAUCAUGGACGAACAAGUGCCUUACCCAAGAGACCAGGGGCACAGAGCUGUGUGAUGGACUGCAGGAUAAGAUGGUACAAGAUGCUCAAUAACUUAACCUGGUAUCUGCUGGCACUUGCAUUUUCUUCACCUGAUUGGUAGCCUACAUUGAUUAACUUGAAUCCUUUAAAGAAAACAAAAACUAUGUCUAAGUUCAAUGUAGAGAUCUUUAUGACAGCUUUUGUUAUAGGGUUGUGAGAUUCAAAGGUUACCUCAUGUUUCAUUCAUAGAGCUCUUUCCCAGAUUAACCCCAGGCCACUUUUUAAUUCAGUUCCUUUGGUGAUGUGAGUUAGAGUGAGCAAAUACGUUUUUAAACAUAUAAGUGUAUGAGUGAGUGAGUAGGGUAAACGUGAGGAGAGAGAAGGUUUUAACCUUUGAUGGAGGUACGCUCACUGUUUUCAACAAACAGAAGAAAUUCAGAGUUUGUUGUUUCUUUGCACUGCUUUUUUUUUUUUUUUUUAAAUCGAGUGAAUACUGGUACACAGAAAGCUAUCUUCCAAAAUAACAUCGGAUUAAUGUUAUUAUCCUCAUCACUCCCCACAUUGUACAAUAUUCUAGGGAGGGCAGGGUUAUGAGGAGUCACGCUUCUUGGCUUCAAAUCAUAAUAAAAAUCUCUUAGUGUGUGUCAAAUCUUGUAAAGUCUUCGAGAGAUUUCCCAAGCUAAAGUGAGCUGAACAUUUCUGACAUUUUAUACACAUAUAUAUAUAUAUAUAUCUAUAUAUAUAUAUAUAUAUAUAUAUAUAUAUAUAUAUAUAAUGAUAUAGCAUCAAGAAAAAGUUGCAUCUAAACAUUCUCUUGCUUAUAUUAAUUUUAAAGUGCUGCUAAUAUUUUAAAGUCAUUUGUGCUUCUUUUGAAAUGUGGAACACCAAAGUUAUUUUUGGCUGUCUUAACAAUUUGGAAUCACAGUUGAAGCUGUAGAAAAUAUGUGAAUCAUCAUGUCAAUCGCAUACAUAUUUAAAUGCUGUCACCUCUUUUUGCACCUUUGGGAGUAACGACCGAGACUCAGAAGAGUCGUAAGGCUCAUAGCUGUUAAGCUUUUAUGCUCAUAUCAUCAAUGAGUUUUAAAGCUUUUGUCACUCUGGUGUGACAAUGAUCACAAUAGGUUACUUUACAGUUUUGUAACCAUUUUCUUUUUAUAUUUAAGUAUGCAGUAAUUUUUGUACUGUACAUUGCUGUAAUUUGAAUGCAUAUUGCACUUUUUAUGUUGUUAAAAAACAAUGUACUGUGUGUGUCAGUUAUU